AUGAGCGACGCAGACCUCGAAGCAAUCCGCCACGCGCGGCUCCAACAACUCCAAUCCCAACAAGGAAACCAAAGAGCAGCAGGCGGCGCAGCCUCCCCCUCCAACGCCAACGGAAACCAAGAAGACGAACAAAAGUACACCACCACUGCAGCCAUUCGACGGCGCUGAAAAAACAUCCCUUAAGAAAAUGUCACCACUGACACAAGAAUCGCCAGGUCUCGCGAAGCGGAAGCCCGCUCUUCCAUCCUGGCUCAAAUCCUCGAGCCCCUCGCCGCCGACCGUCUCGGGCGGAUACGCAUGGUGAACCAGAAGCGCUCCGAAGACGUGGAAAACCGCCUCAUCAUGCUCGCGCGGAGUGGGCAGUUGCGACAGCGAGUGACGGAGGAGCAACUGAAAGAGAUUCUGAGCGCGGUCGCGGAGCAGCAGAAUUCCGCGGGGGGAGAAGGAGGGGGAGGGGCCAAGGUUACCGUUCAGAGGACGAAGAGGUGGGAUGAGGAUGAUCUGGAUGAUUUGCUGAAUGAGGACUAG